AUGGAUCUUGCAAUAUCUGCCGUUACAGGUGACCUCGCCAGCCGAUUCAUCUCUUUUCUCAUGAACAAAUACACGGAUCAUGUAUGCUCAGAGGAGAAGGCGGAGAGGCUACAACAACUCUUGUUGAGAGUUCACACGGUCGUCGAGGAGGCGGACGGACGAUGCAUCACCAACUCUUGUAUGCUCAUGCAGUUGAAGCAGCUAUCGUCAGCCAUGUACCAAGGGUACCAUGUGUUGGACAACGUCAGGUACAAGCAACAUAAGGAGGCAUCCAAGGACUUGGUGAGCGAUUCAUCUACCUCGUCCGAUUAUAUCAUUCCUUUCAAACGUGCUCGGACAGCCUAUUCUUCGACAAACAAGGCCUCCAACUCGGGAUUACAAAGUGCACUUGAGAAUCUGGAAGGUGCUGUUACUGACAUGGUGGAGUUUGUUGUGCUUUUGGGCGGAUGCGAGCGCAUCUCCCGGAGACCGUAUGAUGCCUAUCUUCAGGUCGACAACUUCAUGUUUGGUCGGCAUGUCGAGAAGCAGAAGAUCAUCAACUUCUUGCUGCAAGAGAACAUACCUGGUCCUCCGGCAGUGCUACCAGUCGUUGGUGGACGUGGAGUUGGGAAGAAAACUCUUGUUGCACAUGUAUGCAGGUAUGACAGGGUGCGUUCUCACUUUGCAGUUAUUUUGCACCUGAACGGAGACGGUCUUACGAGAAUAACAUACCAUGAAAUUCCGUCAGGGAGGAACGGAGACGGUCUUACGAGAAUAACAUACCAUGAAAUUCCGUCAGGGAGGACACUGGUAGUUGUCGAGUUUGCUUCCGAUGUAGAUGAUGAUGACUGGAAAAUAUUUUAUUCAUCUGUUACGUGCAUGGACAGAGGAAACAAAGUGAUAAUCUUAGGCCGAAAUGAAAGCUUGAAGAAACUUGGGACUGUCCAGAGUAUAUCUCUGAACCGUCUGGCAUUCGAGGAGUACAGGUACCUGCUCAAGACGCUCGCAUUCGGAAGCCUGAAGCCAGGAGACCAUCCGUGGUUAGCAACGAUAGUGGAAGAGUUCGCUGUGGUGUUGGAAGGAUCACUUGUUUCAGCUAACUUGCUUGGAUAUGCAGUGAGAAACAAUCUAAAUGCCCAUUUCUGGCUUAGCACAUUGAACAAGAUCAGAAUCACAAGGAAGAUGAUCAUGUCCAGGUUUGGCUGCCAUCCAAAUGGCCUUUUCGAUCAAGACCGUCCGGUGCACUUUGGCUCUCACCACCUCUUGUCUCCUGCUGCUCGCCUUAUACCCUCUGCUAGCUGUCUGGAUAGUAGUCUACCCAAAGUCAUAUUCGGGGACGUACUAGGAGAACCAGGCCAUAUUGCUCCAACGAAGGGAGAUUUUAGGCUGAUCUCUUGGGAAUCAAGGUUACCACCAUAUACUGCGUUUGUUCAUCUGUCUCGCUUUGUUCCAAGUUGUGUGGAUGAUAAGCCUGAAGCACCCUUGUCAGGGAGGAAGCGUCUGGGGCCAUCUGCGUAG